AUGCCCAACCCCAUGGAGACUUCUGGAUCACCUGGAUCUGACGGUAGGGCCCUCUGCACACCUGUGAGCGGCGACCACCUCGAGGCCAGAAGGCGGGUAGCUGUGAAACGUGGGGCGGCCGCGCGUGGGUGGAGCGCGGGCCGAGACAGCUGUGAGCCAGCCGGCGCCGCAGGUGCGGCUCAUUGGCGCCCGCGCAGGAGUGAAGAGCGCGGCGGGCGCUCCGCGGGGCUCGCUGCUGUCGCCGCUUUCUGCAGCUGCGGCGGAGGAAGCGGGGCGGAGUCCCGGCGCGUGGGGGCCAUGCGGGCGCUGGCCGGGAUGGUUCUGCUGCUGUUGCUCGCCGUCGGCCUCCCCCAAAGCAUAGGGCUGAAGUGUGGGAUCCCUGCUGUUGAUGUCGAACGUAGGACAACUGUCUUGGAUUCUGGGUUCUUCUCUGGAAGUACUCGCUGGAGGGAUUCAGCAGUUGGUGGACAACCGUGGCAGGUCUCCCUAAAAUUAGGCGAGCACCGCUUCUGUGCAGGAAGCUUGAUCCAAGAUGAUCUGGUUGUUACAGCAGCACACUGCUUGGUUGGCCUCAAUGAGAAGCAAAUUAAGAGUCUGACUGUGACUGGGGGGCACAACCUCUUUCCAGAGGGUAAACAAGAACAGAAGAUUCCUGUUUCAAAAAUGAUUAUCCAUCCUGAGUACAACAGACUUGGAUAUAUGAGCUCUGAUAUUGCACUGCUGUAUUUAAAACACAAAGUCAAGUUUGGAACUGCUGUUCAGCCAAUCUGUCUUCCCCAUAAAGAUGAUAGAUUUGAAGCAGGGCUUCUUUGCAUGACCAGUGGAUGGUGCAAGAUUUCUGAGACAUCAGAGUAUUCAGAUGUCCUACAAGAAGUGGAGCUUCCCAUCAUGGACGACAGAACGUGUAAUUCUGUGCUGACGGGUAUGAAUUUUCCUCUCCUGGGGAGGACCAUGAUGUGUGCCAGUUUUCCUGAUGGGGAAAAGGAGGCCUGUCAGGGAGACUCUGGAAGUCCAUUUGUUUGUAGAAGAGGCAAUGGAAUCUGGGUCCUUGCUGGGAUAACUUCCCAGGGAGCUGGUUGGACUAGAGGUUGGACUUUAAGAAAUAACCAUAGAAGGGCAUCACCUGGCAUUUUCUCCAAGGUGUUUGAGUUGAUGGAUUUUAUCACUCAGAACACAUUCACAGUAGAUUGUAGAUCUGAGAGAACAGUGUUAUUUGGAGAAAAUGGGAAGAUUCGUUACCACCAUUCCAAAGAAAGCAGCUGUUCUCAUAAUUGCUUAUGUAUGUGGAAAAUAAUGGUACCAGAAGAUAAAAUUAUCCUGAUAAAAUUUGCAAGCUUAGACAUACAAAAUCAAGUUGGUUGUGACCAUGGCUAUAUAUCUUUACAAUCAAGCAAUGGAGUGCUUAUUAGUAAGGUCUGUGGAGAUAAAUUGCCUUCACCAUUGCUGACUGAGACCAGUGAGGCCACAGUUACGUUUGUUUCUGAUCCAGAAAACGGUGGCAGCAGCUUUGAGCUUACAUUUACUGCUGUUCAGAAGAACUCAGAAGCUGGUUCAGGCUGUGGGAGUGUAGCUGUAUUGGUGGAAGAAGGGAUGAUUCACUCUGCCAGUUAUCCUGACUCGUAUCCCAUGAAUGUAAAGUGUCAUUGGUUCAUUCGUGCUCCGGAGAAACACAUUAUAAAGUUGGAAUUUGAGGACUUUAUCACUGAAUUUAGCCCAAACUGUAUUUAUGAUGCUGUUGUGAUUUAUGGUGAUCCUGAAGAGGAGCACGAGUUAGCUAAACUUUGUGGGAUCUUAAACCCUACUCCAAUAUUCAGUCCUCAUAAUAUGCUGGUGAUUCAUUUUAAAAGUGAUGGUGAAAAUAACUUCCGAGGCUUCAAGGCUAGUUUCACCUUUUUGCUCUCAGACUCUUCAAACCAAGUUGGAUUGACAUCACCUCCCCAAACCAAUCUUGUAUCUUCUGCAAAACUUAUUCCAUAUGGUAUCUGUGGCAUCCCUCCAUUUAGUCUCCAGUGGCUUUCCAGAAGAACUGUAGUGGGGGAGGAAGCCUGUCCCCACUGUUGGCCAUGGCAGGUGGGUGUGAGGUUUCAAGGCAGUCACCAGUGUGGAGGUGCCAUCCUCAACCCAACCUGGAUUCUCACUGCAGCCCAUUGUGUGCAAUCGAAAAAUAAUCCACUCUUCUGGACCAUUGUUGCUGGGGACCAUGACAGAACCCUGAAGGAAUCAACUGAGCAGGUGAGAAGGGCCAAGCACGUUGUGGUGCAUGAAGACUUUGAUAGCCGGAGCUUUGACUCUGACAUCGCCCUAAUACAACUGAGCUCUCCUCUGGCGUUCAACUCCGUCGUGAGGCCGGCGUGUCUCCCAGAAAGCACGGAGCCACUCUUUUCCUCUGAUAUCUGUGCUGUGACUGGAUGGGGAAGCAUUAGUGAAGGUGGCGGCCUCGCAAGGCGCUUGCAGCAGAUUCAGGUGCUUGUGUUACAAAGAGAGGUCUGUGAACACGCUUACCGCUCUCACCCAGGAGGGAUCACAGAGAGGAUGAUCUGUGCUGGCUUUGCAACCUCUGCAGGGAAGGAUUUCUGUCAGGGAGACUCUGGUGGGCCAUUAGUAUGUCGACAUGAUAAAGGUCCUUUUGUCCUGUAUGGUAUUGUCAGCUGGGGAGCUGGCUGUGCCCAAACAAGGAAACCAGAUGUAUUUGCCAGGGUGAGUGUCUUCUUGGACUGGAUCCAAUCCAAAAUCAAAGGUCCUGCUUCACUUCGGAUAAAUAAUGAAAGAAAAACCUUAACAAGACAACAGUUGCCACCACCCACACCUUCAAUAGACAAUGAGUCUGGACCAGGUUGUUAUUCUGAAGUGGAGCUAGAAGAGCCCAGAGGCUUUUUUUCAACUCCAAGAUAUCCACUGGAUUAUAGAGGAAAACUGGAAUGUUCCUGGGUGCUCAGAAUUUCACCUAGCAGUAUGGCAAAAAUUACGGUUGAAUAUCUGUCACUCCCUGGGUCUCCAAUAUGUCCAGAUUCAGUUAUGACUAUUUAUGAAGAAAGCCACAGUAAGAGAAGGGUGUCAGGUGAAUUAUGUGGAAGAGGGCUUUACCCGAUGAUUUUCAUGAGCUCUGGACCACUGGUGAGGGUGACAUUUCGUUCCCUUGUGCAAGGUGCUUUGGGCAUAAGUUAUAUUGUCUUUAGAGUCCAAGGUCCAAAGGGCAGUAAAACUCCCAAACUUCUCCAAAGUUCAAACCAAGAACAUGUGGCCACUUAUGAGGAUGUUAUUCUGACUGAACCAGGAGGCAUCAUACAGAUCCCAAGAUACUCUCACAGAACCACUAUGAGUUGCCACUGGAAGUUAUUAGCCCCUUUAGAUCACAUCAUUCGCCUUGAUAUUAUCAACUUCCAGAUGAAGUCGACACCCUUGGCCUGUCAGGGUCAUAUAUGGGUUUAUGAAGGAUUUGGAUCAGGCAAAGAAUUAAUAGGUAACUAA